CCUGGCUGCCUAUAGUUCUCUGUCUGUUGUAAACACUUCCACGUCCUGUCCUAGAAGAAUGGAUCCCCAAAGCAUGAGGGAAGAUCUCCGUCUGUUUCAGAGCACUUUGCUGCAGGAUGGACUCAAAGAGCUCCUGAAUGAGAAUAAGUUAAUUGACUGUGUGCUAAAGGUUGAAGACCGAAGCAUCCCCUGCCAUCGGCUCAUUCUGUCAGCUUGUAGUCCUUAUUUCCGGGAGCUGUACUUCUCAACUGAUGGCAAGGAAAUGGAUCAAAUGGAGGUUGUUCUGGAGAACCUAGACCCCGUUAUUAUGGAGGCCAUUGUAAAUCACAUGUACUCAGCAGAGAUUGACAUCAACGACAACAACGUGCAGGAUAUUUUGGCUGCUGCCAACCGCUUCCAGAUCCCCUCAGUGUUCACAGUUUGUGUGAAUUAUCUCCAGAAGACGCUGUCAAAGAAAAACUGUCUUGCCAUCUACAGGCUGGGACUGAUGCUGAACAGCGCCAGACUGGCAAUGGCAGCUCGAGAUUACAUUGCAGAUCGAUUUGAGACCAUAGCAAGUGAUGAGGAUUUCUUGGAGCUCGCUCCACCUGAGUUCUUUGCCAUUAUUGGAGCAGAUGCAUUGAAUGUACAAAAGGAGGAAGUAGUGUUUGAGACCCUCAUGAGGUGGAUCAGAAAAGACAAAGAGAAGCGCGUGAAAUCCUUAGAGGAGGCCUUUGAGUGCAUUCGUUUCCGUUUGCUCCCAGAGAAGUACUUUAAGGAGAAGGUGGAGAAGGUUGACCUCAUUAAGGCUGAUCCUGAGCUUCUCAAAAAAAUCAAAGUCAUAAAGGAAGCCUUUGCAGGGAAGCUGCCUGAGAAGAAAAAGGGAAAAGAUGAUGAGGAAGGAGAGGAGGAAAAGUUGCCCGGCUAUCUGAAUGAUAACCGCAGAUAUGGCAUGUAUGCCAAAGACAUGGUUCUGAUGAUCAAUGACACUGCUGCCGUAGCUUAUGAUGUCCAAGAGAAUGAAUGUUUGCUUGCUGCAAUGGCUGAGCAGAUCCCCCGAAACCACGUCAGCCUGGUAACAAAGAAGAACAAUCUGUAUGUGUUGGGAGGACUGUUUGUGGACGAAGAGGACAAAGAAAACCCAUUGCAGUGUUACUUCUACCAGUUGGACAGUCUCACUGCUGAAUGGAUUGCUCUGCCACCCAUGCCUUCCCCCAGGUGUUUGUUUGCUGUAGGUGAAUGUGAAAAUCUCCUUUUUGCUGUGGCAGGAAAAGAUUUACAGUCCAAUGAGUCUCAUGACACUGUUCUGUGCUAUGACAUUGAAAAAAUGAAAUGGACUCAAACAAAAAAGUUGCCCUUGAACAUCCACGGCCACUGUGUUGUCUCUGAGAACGGGCUGGUGUACUGUAUUGGAGGAAAAACAGAUGACAAUAAAGCAACCAAUAAGAUGUUUGCAUACAGCCACAAGAGGUCAGAGUGGAAAGAAGUGGCUUCCAUGAAGACGCCCAGGUCCAUGUUUGGGGCAGUUAUCCACAACGGGAAGAUUGUUGUCGCUGGGGGAGUCAAUGAGGAAGGCCUCACAGCUGCGUGUGAAGCCUAUGACUUUGGAACCAACAAGUGGUCACCCUUCCCAGAGUUGCCCCAGGAGAGGAGUUCAGUCAACCUGGUGAGCUGUGGAGGGCAGUUGUACACUGUUGGAGGCUUCGCCUUGGUGGAGAGCGAGAACGAAUGCGCACCCGGUGAAAUCAUCGACAUUUGGCUGUAUGAAGAUGACAAGAAACAGUGGACUGGUAUGAUCAAAGAGAUGCGUUAUGCAGCUGGAGCCUCCUGUGUGUCCAUGUGUCUAAAUGCAGCCAGAAUGCCCCAUCUGUAACAACAGUCUAGGGACAUUUAAAGCACGUUCACUUUACCGGUACUACUGUAGGCAAUAAUAUUAUGUACAUGCUCUUUAUUAAGUGGCUUGUUGUCAUUUAACAUAUCACAUGUUCUCUUUGCCUGUUCUGUGAGUGUUUCUAUGAAAUGUGUUAGUUUUAAUUGGCUUAUUUCUUGUCGUUUGGACCAGACUUAAUUGAUUCUGAUCUUCUAAAACACAUCACUUGUUGAGAAUUCCCCACUUUCACCCCUUAAUUACAAGAUUUUAUUGUUGUUACUGUUAGCUGGAUAGGUUUGCAUAAAAAUGUUUUCUUUUAAUCAGAAAAUAUUCAUCUUCCAGUCAGUUACAAGUACCGUGUAACUCUUCAGUAUUAAAACAUCAUCUCCACAGGCUUACUGUCCGUUUGACCUUUUAGAUUGGUUUGUUUUCAUGCAAUACUACACGGUUUAUAUGAUUAUUCAAAAUAUUGUGGCCCUGUCAUGGACAUUUUUUAAAUGUUUUAAUGCUGUUGUAGUAUGAGAAGUCACUAGUAUUCAGAACAGAUUGGACUAAACUAACAAAGGUUCAGUUAAAUGUUAAGGCCUUUUUAAUGUAUGAAUAAGAGUCUGCAUAUGUCACAUAUGUAAGGGACAAAAUGUAGUCUUGGGAAAAUGUUCAUGUUCAAAAGCUCUACAAUCACAGUUUAAAUCUGUGCGAAUUGGUAAACAAUACUCCCAAAGAGA